UUCACAGUUGUUGUGUUUACGUUUUGUAAACAUUUAACACCUAUUCUUCGAUUUUCAUGCUAUUUCCGUGCUGCUUUUUGUACAAUGGCUGCUACCAUUAACGUUACCUGUAGGAAUUUAACUGAUGUUUUCGUGUUAAUGAGAAAUAAUUCGCUUCAAAAUAAGAAUAUUUUCUCAGAUCAAGUCCUUGAUGACAAAGUUGCGUUAGUCUCUUCCCGGGAACUUGAUAAUGGUCACUCUUUCUCCAGGUGUAUUGAUGUUCCACCUGUCUGGGUGGAAGGCAUUGAAGAUGUUCAAUAUGAAAUGAGCAGAAUCAAGCAAAAAUUACAAGAAUUAAAAGCCCUUCAAGAUAAAAAUGUAACUCGACCAUCUCUUGAUGAUUCUUUGCAUGAAGAAAAAGAAAUUGAAAAUGUUACUUUGGAAAUUACCAGAAUGUUCCAUCAUUGCCAAAAAAUAAUUCACCAGAUUCGUGAAAGAAGUCGUGGAACCACCGCAAGAGAUUUUCAAGUGAGCCAGAAUGUGCUUUCGUCCUUAGUCAGCUCUUUGCAGGAGCUUUCUUCAAGAUUUCAUUCCACACAGUCCGAACACUUGAGGCAAUUAAGAUCAAGAGAAGAAAAAUCACAGCAGUUUUUUAACUCACCUUACCUACAGAAGUCGAAUGACAUUUCUGCUUUUGAUUCAUUACAAGAGGAUAACUAUAAUCAAAGCUUUUUGAAUGCUUCAGAUCAACAAAUGAUGCUGGAAAAUAAUACAUUGAUGGUGGAACAAAGAGAAAGAGAAAUCAGACAGAUUGUUAAAUCUAUAGCCGAACUAAAUGAUAUAUUUAAAGACUUGGCAUGCAUGGUUGCAGAUCAAGGUACUGUUUUGGAUCGAAUUGAUUACAAUUUAGAACAAGUGCAGACAAGCGUUCAUCAAGGAUUACAGCAGCUUCAAAAAGCUCAAACCUACCACAAAAAAAAUCGUAAAAUUGUAUGUAUCAUGUUUUUGGCUGCUUGUUGUGUAAUUUUGAUAACAAUGCUUGUGAUAUUUAAAUUGUAAUUAUAUGUUUAUUUAAAAGUUGUGUACUUGUAAAUAUACUUGUGUUCUUAUGUUAUAUUUUACUAAAUUGUAAUAUAGAAUCUAAUGUAUCAAAUGGUCAUUAUAUUUUAAUUCCCUAGUU